AUGGUGAGACCAGAAUCAAAUACUAAAAAAGCAUCUAAGUUGUUUAGGAUCUCUGGUAUGAAUAUGAUGAAGCUCACGAUAACAAUCGCCACUUGCUUAGUACUUUGCUCAGUGCUACUACUACCAUCUUCCAACAUUUUCAAUCGCCACAAGUCUCAUCUUACAACCACUGGUUCCGAAAAACCGAGGGAUAAACUGUUAGGAGGGCUUUUAACCGCUGAUUUCGAUGAAGAUUCUUGCUUGAGUAGGUACCAUAAGUCUUCCUUGUAUCGCAAGACUUUGCCUUACAAGCCUUCUCAAUCUCUUGUCUCUAAGCUUAGAAGCUACGAGAUGCUUCACAAGCGUUGCGGUCCAGGCACAGAUGCUUACAAGAAAGCAACAAAUCUGCUUGGUCACGGCGAUGUAAGAAUCUCCGGUGAUGAAUGCCGAUACGUGGUGUGGACGCCUAUGUUUGGACUUGGAAACAGAAUACUUUCUCUGGUCUCUAUGUUUCUCUAUGCUCUCUUGACAGAGAGAGUCAUUCUUGUUGACCAACGGAAGGAUAUAACUGACCUCUUCUGCGAGCCUUUUCCGGGUACUUCCUGGUUACUUCCACUGGAUUUUCCAUUGACGGAUCAGUUAGAUAGCUUCAACCGCAAACACUCGCGUUGUUACGGAACAAUGUUGAAGAAUCAUGCCAUUAACUCAACCACAAUACCAUCACAUCUUUAUCUUGAUAUUUUCCAUGAUUCCAGGGGUCAGGAUUACUUGUUCUUCUGUGAAGAAAACCAAGCUUUCCUCGGUAAAGUCUCUUGGCUUGUUACCAAAUCCAACCUUUACUAUGUUCCAUCUCUAUGGCUGAUCCCUAGUUUCCGAACCGAGCUAAUCAAGCUAUUCCCGCAGAAAGAUACCGUCUUUCACCAUUUGAGUCGGUAUCUAUUUCACCCAACAAACCAAGUUUGGGGUAUGGUCACAAGAUCCUACAAUGCUUACUUAUCCAGAGCAGACGAAACACUCGGGAUUCAAGUACGAGUGUUUGGCACGCCUGCUGGAUAUUUCCAGCACGUCAUGGACCAGAUUCUGUCCUGUACACAAAGAGAGAAACUGUUGCCUGAAUUGGAUACAGAACAAGUCACUACUAAUACAUCAAGAAGCAAGAAACUUAAAGCUGUUAUGGUCACAUCUCUGCAUCCAGAGUACUCUAAUAACUUAAAGAACAUGUUUUGGGAACGACCGAGUUCUACAGGAGAGAUAAUCGAAGUUUAUCAGCCAAGUGGUGAAAGAGUUCAACAAACAGACAAGAAGCUUCACGACCAAAAGGCACUUGCGGAGAUCUAUCUUCUGAGUUUAACUGAUAAGCUUGUGACAAGCACACGGUCUACCUUUGGAUACAUAGCACAAGGUCUUGGAGGAUUAAAGCCAUGGAUACUAUACGAACCAAGGAACCGCAAAGCUCCUGAUCCACCGUGUGUUAGGGCCAUGUCGAUGGAGCCUUGUUCUCUUACUCUUAAAGCUCCACUCUCUAGUUGUCAAGCCAAGACAAUCAAAAUGUCCCCUUUUGUUAGGUAUUGUGAGGAUAGGAUCAGAGGGCUUAAGCUAGUUGAUGAAAUAUGA